AUGGGUGGCGGCGAAGGAUACCGAUCUGUUGCGUACUUCGUCAACUGGGGAAUCUACGGUAGAAAGUACUUCCCACAGACGAUUCCGGCGGACAAGUUAACGCACGUGCUAUACGCGUUUGGCGAUAACCGCGAGGAUGGAGAAGUGGUCAUGACCGAUCCAUGGUCUGACGUCCAGAUCCACUACGAGGGCGACUCAUGGAAUGAUCAGGGGAACAACCUUUAUGGAAAUCUCAAGCAGCUCAAUGUCUUGAAAAAGAAGAACCGUAACAUGAAGGUUCUUUUGUCUAUCGGUGGCUGGACCUACACCAACGUGCAGAAGCACUUCGACGGUCCCGCAUCUACGCCUCAGGGGCGCAAGAAAUUCGCCAAUACCUGCGUUCAGCACAUCAAGAAUUUGGGAUUCGACGGUAUUGACCUCGACUGGGAGUAUCCUCAGAAUCCAGAGCAGGGACAGCACCUGCUGUUACUGCUUCAGGAGAUCCGUUCUGCUAUGGAUGCGUAUGCCGAUAAGCUUGCCUCAGAAAGCGAUUCCAGGCCGCACUUCGUGCUCUCCAUUGCAGCCCCUGCUGGUGAGCAGAACUACAAGAACCUGCCACUGGGAGCCUUAGCUCGCGUGCUCGACUUCAUCAACCUGAUGUGUUACGACUUCACGGGUUCAUGGGAGACCAACAGCGGCCAUCAAGCCAAUCUCUACCACUCAGCUUCCUGCCCGACCUGCACACCCUUCAACAUCAACUCCGUCAUCGACGUCUACAUCAGCCAGGGCGUGCCUUCCGACAAAAUCGUCAUGGGCAUGCCCCUGUAUGGGCGCUCCUUUGCGAACACGACCGGAAUCGGCAAGCCGUUCCAGGGCGUCGGCGAAGGCUCCUGGGAACAGGGCGUGUGGGACUUCAAAGCGCUUCCGCAACCAGGCGCUCAGGAGCACCUCGACGAGGAAGCCGGCGCAAGCUACUCGUACGACAACAACACCAAAUCCUUCGUAACCUACGACACGCUACCCAUGGCACUGCGCAAAGCGCACUACAUCAAGCAGAAGCAUCUUGGUGGGGCAAUGUGGUGGGAGCUUUCAGGCGACAGGCAGGACAACGGCAGCAUCAUUACCAACGUCGUCAAGGAGCUUGGAGGCUACGAUUGCGGCAAGUUGGAGCGCAGCCAGAAUUGCAUCCACUACCCGGACUCGCAGUACGACAACAUGCGCGCAGGCUUCCCAAACAACUAA